AUUUUUAGAUCUACACUUCACAUUUUUGCGUUCAAGUCAAUAUCAUUAUUUCACGUCAUUUUCCACGUAUCUAUAUGAUGGCUGAUAUUGUACGUGCAGCAGGUAUGCUAAUUUAUCGUCAUAACGCUGGUCGAAUUGAAUAUUUACUAUUGCAAGCAUCUUAUCCUCCGUAUCAUUGGACUCCACCAAAAGGUCAUGUUGAUCCCGGUGAAGACGAAUGGUUGGCAGCGUUACGUGAAACUUCUGAAGAAGCUGGAAUAACGGCCGACAACUUGGAUGUACAUGUGGACUUCGUGGAAGUUAUGAAGUAUGUGGUGAAAAAAAGUAACCGGUAUGGGGAAGAAGUUAACAAACAGAAGACAGUCAAGUAUUGGCUGGCAAAGUUAAAAAAUGAUGAAGGGAUUAGAUUGUCAGAUGAGCAUCAAAAUAUCAAAUGGUUACCGGCCAAUGAAGCUAGUCUGUUGGCACAAUACAAGGAAAUGCAAGAUUUGAUUCAAAAAGCGGAGGAAUAUUUAGUUAAUAAAAAGUAGAUCUUUAAAUGUACUGC